AUGGUGAUCCAGUAUCUGGAGACAGCAUCCUAUUACACUAGCUUCCUGGUGUUGAGGGACUCUGCCUCCCAGCCCAUCCUGCUGUGUGUGUCCACUGGAGGAAAGAGUGGAGAUGUCAGAGACGACCCCAUACAACGCACUGGUGAAGCUUAUCAGCUAUCUCAGUCAUAUUUAGGCUUCUCUGAUCUGGCCCAGUUAGUGGUCUUCUAUUCUCUGAGCAGGGACGUGUUGCCAGUAUGUCUGUUCAUCCCUCCGUGGCUCUACAGUCUAACAGAUCAGCCACAGUCCCAGCUGGGUCCCAAGUCCUGGCUGUGUCCCACCUUUGACCUUCAGUCUGAUCACAUGACUCAGAGGGCUCCUGAUACUGCCAUGUGCACCAUACAGCUGACAGCAGCCAAUGAUGCUCUGUGCAUCAUCAACCCACUCUAUCUCCAUGAGCAUGGCGCUGACUGGCUGACGCAUCAACCAACCAGCCCACAUCGAAUUAAUCGGCAAGCCAAUUAUAGGCGUGAGAGACGACUGAGUACAACAAGACCUUGGUCAGGGGCGGGCCUUCUUACUAAGAAAGCUAUCUCAUUGGAGCAGGAGCCCUGCAGCUCCAGUCCUGAUAAUCCAGGGUCUCCUGUAGUCCAGGCUGCCCCGUCUCCCCCCACCCCAACAGGAGGGGUGGUUCUGAGGAGGCCCAGUAGGGAUGCUUCCAUUGAGUCACUCCACAGAACAGGAAGCCAGGACCGCACUAACACCCCCAGGCCCCCCUCAGACCCCAAGCCCCUGUUCAGCCCUGCCCCUCAGUCCCCUCACAGUGUGUCCUGGAUUGAGGACAGGGUAUGGCUCUCCCAACCGCCACCCCCCUCCCUCCUCCGCCCCACCUCCCUUGAGCUGGACUCGCUGUCAAUCAGCAGCAUGGAGGAGGAGCCGGAGUCGGUCCCCAGCCCCUCCCACUCCCCCCACCCCUCACAUCGGUUGGCCAACAAGGUGAUGCACCGCCUCUCGGCUGUGGGUCUGGCCAUUGGUGGGCUGGGGUCUCCACAGAAGAGGCUGACCAAGCGGGUGCAGGAGCUCAGCAAGCGGAGGGGCGGUUUGUUUGCCGAGGCAGUGCUGGGAUUCGUUGAGAUGACCCUGGGGGCUGGGUUUAUCCCUGGAAUGACAGGUGCAGACCUGCUUCAGGAGGUGCGUACGGCUCUCACUGCCCUGAGAGAGACACUGCUGGACUGUCCUGAGAUACACAUCCUCAUAGACAGUAUGGCCGACACAGCCGACGAGGAGCUGGACACCAUACUGGAGCUCUCUCUACACAAGGUGGCCCUGAAGCCUGUGAGCGCCCACCUGUACACCUGCCUCCAGAGCUGUCAAGACCACGAAGGUAGCCUGCGGAAGCUGAGGGAGAACCAGCAGGUCCUGGAGGGCCGGGGGGUGGAGGAGCUGGAAGGGACGCCUGGGGUUGGGGUCCCUGACCCAGUCACCCUGGAGAAGAUCCAGCAGAGGUGGUCAGCCAUGCACCAGUCCUACUCCCCCAGCAGGAAGGUCCAUAUCCUGCUCAAGGUCUGCAAGACCAUCUACCACAGCAUGACGGCCAAUGCCAACCCAGGUGUAGUGUAUGGGGCUGAUGACUUCCUGCCCUGUCUGACCUGGGUGCUUCUGCGUAGUGAUGUGGUCACUCUGCAGCUGGACACUGACUACAUGAUGGAGCUACUGGACCCCACACAGCUGCAGGGAGAGGGAGGUUACUACUUGACGUCCCUGUACGCCUCUCUCUUCUACAUCAGCAGCUUCCGCCCUCGUCUUGCCACACGCCAGCUCAACACUGAGGCCCAGCAAUCCCUGAGCCAUUGGCAUCGCAGGCGCACCCUGCACUGCAACCAAUCACGACGCAGCACGAAUCGGAGGACCCUCCAGAGACCUGGGCACGGCCAGAAGGGCAGGGAAAACUCCAGUGAUGCAGAGACUGAAACUGGCACAGGAAGUGUAACUGACGCCCCACCGUCGCCCUCUAGUGGUGUGGCCAAGGCACUGCACAUAACCUCAGAGGUGGUGGUAGCGGUGAGGGAGGCAGAGGGCAGCAGAGCACAAGGCCAAGGAUCCCCAGCUGCACAACUCCAGGCCUCACCUCGGAAGGAGAGACGGACUACAGUACAAGAGUUGGACGGACAUCCAGCAGGGAGUGAGGUGGACUAGGAGGGAGGGGUCAGACCUCCUAGUCCUAGUGUGUGGUAAAGGGUUUAGAGAGUGAGGAAGGGCAGGUUAGUCUCCACAGGGUUCAUGAGGCACAGCGCCAGGCCAGCAGAGCUAGAAGACCGGACAGACACACAGAUGGGUCAGCAGAGGUCAGAGUGGACUGGGCUGCCAGUGGGAGACUUAUACCAGAAGGAUGACACAGAGGAGCCAGUCUGUCUAGAACCCUGGGCUUUGCCGCAAGCACUUACAGUGGGCUCCAAAAUUACUGGCACCCCUGA